GCCAAACUCAAACCAAACAACUUCCACCCGAAGUUGCCUUCUUUUGUUUUAAACGCGUCUCUUCUGCAACUGCAAGUUUUAACACUUCCUUUUAGUUUUAGUACUACACAAUUAUCCACGCAAACGCUUUCAUUCCCUCUCUCUCUUGUUACUUUCCGGGAAAAUAAAUAAAGGAGGGAAUAUAAAGUGGAAAGAACCUACGAAGAGAAAAAGGGAUUAUUGCCUCAUCCCCAUGGCUGCUGUAUGGAACACGUUGAGAAUGAGGGCGUGGCUCUAUGUGGCCCUCUUUUUGUGGGUUUCUUCUUCUUCUUCUUCUUUGGUCUCAGCCUCUGUGUCCUACGACGACAAAGCCAUCACCAUCAAUGGCCGGAGAAGGAUUCUCAUUUCUGGCUCCAUUCACUACCCACGAAGCACCCCUGAGAUGUGGCCUGGUCUUAUAAGAAAGGCUAAAGAUGGAGGCUUGGAUGUUAUUCAGACCUAUGUCUUCUGGAAUGGGCACGAGCCUUCUCCUGGACAAUAUAAUUUUGAGGGGAGGUAUGAUCUGGUUCGGUUCAUCAAACUGGUUCAACAAGCCGGCCUUUAUGUUCAUCUCCGGAUUGGUCCUUAUGUUUGUGCCGAAUGGAAUUUUGGGGGAUUUCCUGUUUGGCUUAAAUAUGUUCCUGGCAUUGCCUUUAGGACAGACAACGGGCCUUUCAAGGCAGCAAUGCAAAAAUUCACAGAAAAAAUUGUCAACAUGAUGAAGUCAGAGAAACUGUUUGAACCUCAGGGUGGUCCAAUUAUCAUGUCCCAGAUAGAGAAUGAAUAUGGACCAGUAGAAUGGGAAAUAGGAGCCCCCGGUAAGUCUUACACGAAAUGGGCAGCGCAAAUGGCUGUGGGCCUUGAUACGGAUGUCCCGUGGAUUAUGUGCAAACAAGAGGAUGCUCCUGAUCCAGUUAUUGACACUUGCAAUGGUUUCUACUGCGAAGGCUUUAGACCAAACAAGAACUAUAAGCCCAAAAUGUGGACUGAAAACUGGACUGGCUGGUAUACAAAGUUUGGCGGUCCAGUUCCUUACAGACCUGUUGAAGACUUGGCGUUUUCUGUUGCAAGAUUUAUACAGAAUAAUGGUUCAUUCGUUAAUUACUACAUGUACCACGGAGGAACGAAUUUCGGACGGACAGCUGCCGGUCUCUUCAUUGCAACUAGCUAUGAUUAUGAUGCUCCACUUGAUGAAUAUGGACUACUGAGGCAACCAAAAUGGGGACAUUUGAGAGAACUGCAUAGAGCCAUCAAACUAUGUGAACCAGUUUUGGUUUCUUCUUAUCCUCAAGUGAGCUGGCCUGGCAAAAAUCUAGAGGUUCAUGUAUUCAACUCAAAAUCAGGUUGUGCUGCAUUCCUGGCAAAUUAUGACACCGUAUCUCCAGCAAAAUUGACCUUUCAGAAUAUGCAAUUUGAACUGCCUCCUUGGUCUGUCAGCAUUCUUCCUGACUGCAAGAAUGAUGUUUUCAACACUGCAAGGGUUACGACCCAUAGUUUCCACCCGAACAUGAUACGUGUUGGUGGAGCAUUCUCUUGGCAGUCAUACAAUGAAGAAUCUGUCUCUGCUGAUGAUUCGGAUACCAUUGUAAUGGAUGGGCUGUUUGAGCAAAUAAAUAUCACAAGAGAUGCCUCGGACUAUCUGUGGUACCUGACAGAUGUCAAUAUACGGCCGGAUGAAGAAUUUUUAAAGAACGGACAGGAUCCUGUUCUGACUGUUAUGUCCGCUGGUCAUGCUGUGCAUGUUUUCAUCAACGGGCAACUAUCAGGAAUUGCGUAUGGGUCACUAGAGAAUCCAAAACUGACAUAUACUGGUAACGUGAAGUUGAGAGCAGGCGUUAACAAGAUUUCGUUGCUUAGCGUUGCUGUUGGUCUACCGAAUGUUGGCGUGCAUUAUGAGACAUGGAAUGCCGGGGUUCUUGGCCCGGUCACAUUGAAGGGUCUGAAUGAAGGGACAAGAGACUUGACAAAGCAAAAGUGGUCUUACAAGGUUGGUCUAAGAGGCGAAAGUUUAAGUCUCCAUACGGUCGGUGGCAGUUCGUCUGUUGAAUGGGUAGAGGGAUCGUUAUUGGCCAAAAAGCAACCUCUCACUUGGUACAAGGCUACAUUCAAUGCACCAGAAGGAAAUGAUCCAUUAGCUCUGGAUAUGAACAGCAUGGGGAAAGGUCAAAUAUGGAUAAAUGGAGAAAGCAUUGGGCGGCACUGGCCCGGAUACAAAGCGCGCGGUAGCUGUGGCAGCUGCAGCUAUGCUGGAACUUUUGAUGAGAAGAAAUGCCUAAGUAAUUGUGGAGAAGCCUCCCAGAGAUGGUAUCAUGUUCCACGAUCGUGGGUCAAACCGAGUGGGAACUUGUUAGUUGUGUUUGAAGAAUGGGGAGGCGAGCCAACUGGGAUUUCGUUGUUUAAGAGAACAAUUUAAAUCGACCACUAAUCAAAAGCUUUGAAUAAGAUGGUUACCAAACUUACCGGGUUGGUGGCACUUCAAGCUCAACUGCACAGUAAUAAAAUAAAGGUUUUGACAACCUACAUAUGGAUUCUGAAGGACAUUGCGGGCAACAAGCCUCAAUUGUCUACAAGUAGCUAUAUUUGUUGUUCAGUCAUGCGUCAGGCUCAAGCAUCAUGUUAUACACGAAGGUAGAGGGGGCUAAAAAGCAUUCAGCUUCCUGGGGAUAAUGAUUACCCAGAGAUGAUACCGUUUUAUGGCUUUUUCUUUGUAAUACCAAAUUUAUAAAUCCAUGCGAUAAGAGGAAUUUCUACCAUUUAUUCCUCAGUGGUGUAUAGUUGGUUGUAAUCUCUUUCAACAGCAAUGCAAAGAAGUGCUCACUGAGUUGAGUUGAGAUGAGA